AGUCAUAUAUCUCAUGUGUUUUGUGUAAAUGAUGUGAACUAACUCAUGUUUUAUUUUUUUAAGUUUUUAAAACUUUUAUAACAUUAUAACAGAGCUUCCUGUCUCUUCAUGGCUCUUUUGGUGGGCCACUGCAGGACUUUUGUGGCCCCCAUGGCCCACCCCCCUGUACUAAUAAUUUCUGGAAGUGCCACUGCUUGACUUCUCAUUGUCAGACAAUAAAAGGGUCUUAAAGAAAAGAAAGCAACACGCAGCAGUUUUAGUUUUCCAGUUGUGUUGAAGACGCCACCGGAAGCAGUGUGUGCCCACCAGUGCGGCCAGCUUCACGGCUGCAGCUCCUCCAGCAGCCGGCCCCAAACCUUUCCGACCCGGGCACAACGAAGAUGGUGGCGGUGGUGGGAGAAGCACGGUCUCCUGGAUGAGAUGGUUUCAGUUCAGAGCUAACUGGGAGCUGCUGGGGGAGAAGGGAGCCGACCAGUGGCGGACGGAAGAGGACGCAGCCGGAGCGCAGCGGCGCACUGCUGUGUUUGUUGGACACAAGCGUGCCAGAGAAAACUAGAGCUGCCAGGACCUGACGACCUGCUUCAAACAAGAAGCGUUUUUUUAUUUUGAUUUUCUUUGUUUUGUUGGAUGAUCUGAACUGGGCCAGUCCCAGUCUCGCUCUGUGGGUUUUCUCCUCCAGAGGAAUGCGGGCUGAGGAAAGCCCAGCCUCAGCUCCAAACCAGCACAGACUCUGAGAGUCUUCUCCAAACGCAGGAAACACGGCCUGGAAAAGAAAAGUAAAAAACUUCAGAGCCUUCUGGAGACGAGAAGGACGAUCUUUGACGCUCUGCACGCGUUUCACCAGCUGGUUGUCUCCUAACGCGUCAGGACGCUUCACGUUUGACGGGAAAAGUUUGAGGAAGAAGAAAAAAACCAAGCUGCGGCUGCUGGUCGUGUUGUUUGCAAGAGUUUUGAUCAUCACUAUUUAUAGAGCAGCCUGUUCCGAGGCUGCGCCCCAGAGCUGCAUGUUUGGCCAAACUGCGCGCAACAAGUUGCAGACACUCCCAGCAGAGGWGAAGGCAGCUGAAACUGGGCCAGUGGAGAUACCUUUUCUUUUUUUCCUUUUUUAAGGAUUAUGUCUGUUUGAAUAGGACAGCCCUCCUGAAACCCUCUUUUUUUUAAAAGCAGGGAGAGGUGGGGCGGGUGGAGAGGGGACCAGUGCAGACUGGGACAGGGAGUUCAGGAAAGAACGGGGCUGGAUCCGUGGGAACAGGCCUGCCUGUGUCAGGCCUCUGAUCCGGACAACUCUGCAUGUUUGGUGGGACUGCUCAGCCCCUCCAUGGCCCUCUGUCCACACACUGAGCCAUGCUGGAGAGCUGAGGUCCUGGGAGGUAAAGCCUUUGUAAUUAUACAUCACCCACUUUUUUAUUGACUGCAUUUUCUGUGCAAAACACUUCCUGUGUGCAGGCUUGAUGAAACUGUGUCUCUUUUUGAGAUAAUUUAAAAAUAAUUUUGUAUUACGCAGUUUGCUGCUCAUGAGGUUUUGUCUGAAAGGCAGUGUGAAAUGUUCAUGUUCAGAUAAGAAGAGUAACUUUUGGAGCUUCUUGCACAUCUGUUGACAGCUGGAUGUGCUCUGUCAAACAAACACCCAUCGAAGUCCCUUGUUUCAGACUGAUGGGGCACGGGGACAUUUGUCUCUUACUAAAAUAAAUAUUGCUUCGUUCAGAGGAGAGGAGAUCAUCUGUCAGCAUCAGAGCUGCAUCACAGAAGCUGUCCUCUCCGAGAAGGAUGCUGAGCUCAGGAGGCAGAGGAGGGAUGACUGGGGGGAGACAAGCCCGGCUCGUGUUCUGGAGCUGGGGGUGGAUGUGAGUGAAGCCAGGCAGCAGAUCAUGGUGAGCUCAAGAAACUGGAACAGCGCGUCUUGUGUGAGUGCGUGUGCACGCCGCUGGCGCCGCGUGCGUCGCCGAUCCGUCUGUGCCGUGCUCACCAUUCAUGCAGUGUGAAUAUUUCAACAAACACGUUUUAUUUUUGCUCUCCCUCCCCCUUCUCCCCCACUCUGUCUGUCACUCCAUCAUCGUUUCGCCUGCUUCCUCCGUGCCACACGCCUGUGAUUGUCAGAGGAACGUCAGAAGAAAUCAUUUAGAUUUGAUAUCUCUGUGUCGCCCCCACCCCCCACCCCUCUACACGUCAGACCAGUCAACAUGGCCACUCUGCAACAGCACCGGCAGCUUCUUGGCACGGAGGUGAGCUGCGGCUCUGACGGGGACGGCGCGGUCACGGUUCGGAUUGCCAACAACUCCACGCAUCACCAUGAGGCGCCUCGGGGUGCCAGCAGUGGAGCAGCAGGACGAGGAGGAGGCUGUGGGGCUGCCAACAGAGUGAACCCUACCCUCCACAAAUACAGCAUCUCCUCCAGCUUUAGCUCAGCUGACUCCAGACCAGCCAUGACCUCCACCUCCAGGGUGAAGAAGAAAGCCCCGCCGCUGUUUGAACGCUCAGCCGCUCAGUGCUGGGACCCCAAGUUYGACUCCCCCAUCCUGGAGGAGGUCUGCCAAAAAGGGUGCUUUCCUCAAACGCAGCAAAGGUUUCGAUACGUCUUGUUCUACCUGGCAGUGGCAUCUGUACUGUGGGGCGUGUACUUCCUGGUCAACAGUGACCGCUGCUGCCCCAGGACCUUCCUUGCACCCACUGCCUCCUUUUUGGCCUUCCUUGUACUCCUCCUCUUGUUCACCUUCACCAAGCCUUACACGUGGCUGUACAACCAGACCUCUUUGCUCUUAAUAGCCAUCACGUUUGCCAUCACAUUAGCUCCGCAAAUACAAACUGCUGGCUACAACUGGGCUGCUGGUGGGAACACCUCAUAUUUCUCUCUGAACAAAGAAGCCAUGCCUCAGAUCCCGUGCAUCUCCCCCGUUGGCACCUUUUCUCUGUGCAUGGAGGUUCUGUUGCUGUUAUACAGUGUCCUCCAUGUUCGUCUGUAUGCCUCAGUGAUGCUGGGGCUUCUCUAUUCUGUGUUAUUUGAGGCUAUGGGAUGGCUUCCAUUGCUUCAGAAAAGCUAUGAUGCUACUGGAAAAGUGUCCAGUUUGGAAGACACGCUCCUCUGGUUGGGACCUGGUAAAUGUCUGCUCCACUUGUGUGCUCACGUCAUCGGCAUCCACCUGUUCAUCAUGUCAGAGGUGCGUUCCCGUAGCACGUUCCUCAAAGUGGGCCAGGCGAUCAUGCACGGUAARGAACUAGAGGUGGAGAAGGCCUUGAAAGAGCGUAUGAUCCACUCUGUCAUGCCGAUGAGAGUCGCAGACGAGCUGAUGAAGCAGGGUGACGACGAGGGUGGUGGCGAGAACUCCGGCAAGAGAUAUUCCUCUGGUGCCUGCUCCGCCUCGGCCGUCACAGUAGGCGUAAGAGGAAGCGGCGGAGCUCUACAAUCUCAAAGCGCCAUGAGUUCCAAAAACAACAAUCACAUACGCAAAAAGACUUCAAUACCCCGAGCUCAACUAAUAUUUCGRCCCUUCAACAUGAAACGCAUGGAACCUGUCAGCAUCCUCUUUGCAGACAUCGUCGGCUUCACCAAAAUGUCGGCCAAUAAAUCCGCACCGGCUCUAGUGGGCCUCCUUAAUGACCUGUUUGGACGUUUCGACAGACUCUGUGAACUAACCUUCUGCGAGAAGAUCAGCACUCUGGGAGACUGCUACUACUGUGUGGCGGGCUGCCCCGAGCCCAGAACGGACCACGCCUACUGCUGUGUGGAGAUGGGCUUGGGCAUGAUCCAGGCCAUCGAGCAAUUCUGUCAGGAGACAUGUGAAACCGUCAACAUGCGUGUUGGUGUCCACACAGGCACUGUCCUGUGUGGGAUCCUGGGGAUGAAGCGCUUCAAAUUUGACGUAUGGUCCAAUGACGUCAAUCUGGCAAACUUGAUGGAGCAGCUGGGUGUGGCAGGGAAGGUCCACCUGUCAGAAGCUACAGCUGAAUUUCUGGAUGACCGGUACCAGAGAGAGGACGGGCAGGUGGCGGAGCGAGCUGGACAGAGCGUUCUGGAGAAACUGAAGGGGAUGAGAACCUACCUGAUCUCAGGGAGAAGGCAGCAGUGUGGCUGUGCUCAGACGGGACUACCAGGUGGAGAGCCUGAGCUGUCCUGCCCUCAACACUGUACGCCAGACCUGAUUCUUGGAGGGGCACAGCCUGCAGAGUCCCAGCUGUUCCAGAAACCACCAGAUAAAGCUUGGACUCCAUGUGUUUUCCACAGUGCUGCGCGGUCUGCUGUGACAGAGCAGGGGGAUGAUGUGGCUGUGCUGAACGGCUGCCAGGAAGAACACAGGCCCGGCAGUGCCAAGCUUUUCCCAGGUCACAGCCUGAGGGCCGCCAAUGGUCUGCUAAGCCCUCCGCUGGAGGAUGCAGUGCGUGCCAGCCAGAAUUCACUGUGCGACAUCCUCCAGGAGAAAGAAAAGAAGACCAGCACGAGCACGGGAACUGGCACCAGCCUCGGCAUGACCGGAGGCAUGGCGGGAGCAGGCACGAGCAUGGAUCACUCUGCCCUCAUCCAGCUGCGUGCCAAGAACUGCAAGCAGAAGACCGAUGCUAACUUUGUGGAAGUUAUCAGGGAGAACAGUCUGAUGAAGAAUGACUUUUUCAAGCCACCGAUUAACAAGAUCAGCCUGAACUUUCUCGAGCAGCCUCUGGAAAAAGCGUACCGCAGCAGCUACAAGGAGGAGGUGAGGAAGCGGGUUCAGGUGCAGACGUUUGCCAGUCCCACCUUCAGCUCCUUCCUGGAUGUUCUCCUCAGCUGUUUUGUCUUCCUGGCCUUGACUCUGGCCUGCUUCCUGCCGUCUCUGGUGAACCCAGUUCUGGUGGGCCCCCCAGCACUUGCUGCUCUGAUCCUGGCUCCCGUGGCUGGUCUGCUGGAGUUGGCAUCACUGGUGCUCUCCAUACGCAUGACGUUUUAUCUGGACGAGCUGAUGAGCUGUACUCGCUCCUUGGCCCUGUUUGUCUCAGGGUGGGUGUCUCGUCACGUGAUCGGGGCCGUGUUAGUGUCCCUCCCUGCCAUCUCUGUCCUGUCACAUGUCAGCGUCCACCUUCCCCUGCAGGUGACCAUGUUCUUGAGCUGUGCCACCAUCCUGGCCAUCAUUCAGUAUUGUAACUUCUGUCAGCUGAGUUUUUGGAUGCGCUCUAUCUUUGCCACUACCACAGGAGUUGCUCUUCUGCUGCUGUUGUACAGCCCCCUGCACAGCUCRAGUAAUAACAGCGUUCCAGUUCAUGGAUGGAACACCUCAGCUCCGACUGAAGACUCUCCAGAAUCAGGACCAUACUUUCCUCCACCGCUUUUUAAUGUUUUGGUCCCAGAGGCCAUCCUUGCCUUUUUCUUGCUUCUGCUCCUGGUCUGGUUCCUGAAUCGUGAGUUUGAGGUCAGCUACCGUCUCCAUUAUCAUGGCAACGUGGAGGCUGACAAGCACCGCUCCAACAUCCAGAUGAUGCGAGACCAAGCUGAGUGGUUACUGGGCAACAUCAUCCCCAUCCAUGUCGCUGACCAGCUCAAGGAGACCCAAAGCUACUCUAAGAACCACGACAAUGUGGGCGUGAUCUUUGCCAGCAUUGUUAACUUCAGCGAGUUCUACGAAGAGACCUACGAGGGAGGAAAAGAGUGCUAUCGUGUCCUGAAUGAGCUGAUCGGGGACUUUGAUGAACUCCUUCGGAAGCCUGAAUUUCGAAGCGUGGAAAAGAUUAAAACGAUCGGUUCCACCUACAUGGCAGCGUCGGGUCUGAACGUGCAGCAGAUUGCCGAGGGCGACGACGAUUCUCCGCACGCUCACCUGAGGGCGCUUUUCAACUUCGCCCUGGAGAUGAUGGGCGUCCUGGACGAUUUCAACAAGAACAUGCUGGGCUUCGGUUUCAAGCUCCGCAUUGGAUUUAACCACGGUCCCCUGACAGCGGGGGUGAUCGGCACAACGAAGCUGUUUUACGAUAUCUGGGGUGACACGGUGAAUAUCGCCAGUCGCAUGGAUUCAACUGGUGUGGAGUGCCGGGUGCAAGUGAGUGAGGGAAGCCAUGCGGUGCUCAGUGCCAUGGGGCUAGAGUUUGACUACAGAGGCACAGUCAACGUUAAAGGCAAAGGCCAAAUGAGGACCUAUCUCUACCCCCACAGUGGGGAAAGUGCGUGUCAGGAUCGAACAGAGCUGGCAGUUCGAGCUAUGCCAUCACCUGCCUACAAGACUKCAGUUUCUGUUGCUCAGGCAGGUGGUCAUCCUGCCUCACCUUCCGGUCCUCAACCCCAUGGCACUGUAAGGCCUCCAGGAGCAGGGCCUGAGACCGCCCCAGUUCAACACGCAGCGGCGAGGGAAGAAGGAUACAGGGACGUUGUGCACCAAACAGGGCGAUCCUCUGACGCAGAUCUUCACACCCGUUCUGAGCCAGAUGUCAGUGCUCCACGAGCGUCCUCUCAAGUGCACCCCACUCCUCUCACACUUCAUGAGGACGAGGAGGAGGAGGAGGAGGAGGCCAGUGAGCUUACAAGACUCAAUGAGGAGUUUUAUUCUCGCCUCUGAUCACUAAUCUCCUCUUCCUACAUUUUCUACUGCCGUUCUUUCCCCGAGCUGCUGCCUCUCUAGAACCAAUUACAGAUGUGGGCUGGAGAUCCCUUCUUUUAGGCAAAAUGUCUUUGACGCAAGAAGAAUAACCAACAAAAAAAACGUGGAUUUGGUGGCCGCUGACAUCUUUGGUGGGAGUGUUGCCCGAGUGCUGGGGUGGGUUAGACCUGUGUUGAGCACAGCAGUUUAUCACGAUGACAGAGUUAGGAGGGAAAAAACRGACUUUUUUAAAUGUUUGUGCAUUUUCUUAUCAUUGUUUUUAUUAAGUGCCUUCAGGAGGAGAGCCUUGAACAAACAAAUAUGAAUCCUGGACAAGAUUCAAUCAUCUAAACAACAGAGGAUCCUACGGUUUCUUACUCUACGCUUUUGUUUUGAAUUCAAAUAUUUCCUUAUAAAGCAUUGUUGUUGUGUUAUAAAUGUCAAUAAGGGAAAAAAAACAACAUUUUUAAAUUUAUAUAAGUGCCAUUGCAGUAUGUUGGGCUGAAAAAGAAAUCAUGGGAGGAAAAAAAAGAGGAAAAAUCACAACACAGUGUUAGUUUAUGUCCUCUGCUUAAAUACAGCAUUUAGUUCUUCCAGAGAUUCAUUUCCAAGGGGACAUGCUACGUAAGACCAGCUGCAUAGAUUUCAGUUUAUGUAGCAGCUAAACGCACAUUUUCAGCACAGCUCUUGCACAGUGUUUUUUUUUCUUCCUUUAGACCACUUGUAUUUAGUAGUGAUUACUGCUUAAUGGUUCACAAGAUUUAACAACAGUUUUGUACAAUUUAAAAAAGCACAAAAUCACAAAAGGGAAUACAGAUCUGGAGGAAUGUGAUGUUUUUAAAAUCUGAACACCAGUAUGAAAGUAGGACGGCACUUUAAACGUACCAGCGACACCGAGAUUUGUCUUACUGACGAUGCGACACUCAUCUCCUGCAGACCUGAAACAUCCAGAGGCAUAAAGAGGAAAACAGAAGUCACAACUUUAAUUUAAGCUAUAAUAUUAUCUUUUCACAGGUGAAGAGGGAGGAAAUUGUGAACGUAAAAGGAGUUUUUAAUUUGUGGAUUUUUGUGCGCUUAUGGAAGAAACAUGUAUCUCCUUGGUAUAAAAAUAUAAACAUGAUUGGCCAAUGAGACACAAUAA